ACCAGAUUACAAAUUGUCACAUUCAAAACUUGCUAUUCCAAUCAGCAACAACAAACUAAAAAUGGUCGCCAAAUUCGUGAUCGUAUUGUCCCUGGCUGUGGCGGCUUACGCCGUGCCGCUGGUGGCGGUGGCCCCGGCAGAGUACGCCGCGCCUGCGCACUACGAGUUCUCGUACUCCGUGCACGACGAGCACAGCGGCGACGUGAAGCAGCAGCAGGAGGCUCGUGAGGGCGACGCCGUGCACGGCUCCUACUCGCUCGUGCAGCCCGACGGCGUGCACCGCAUCGUCGAGUACACCGCCGACAAGGAGCACGGAUUCAACGCCAACGUGCGCUACGAGGGCACCCCCGUGCACCCCGCUCCCGUCGCCAAGCUGGCCAUCGCCGCCCCCGUCGCCAAGCUCGCCUACGCCGCUCCCGUAGCCAAGCUCGCCUACGCCGCUCCCGUCGCCAAGGUAGCCUACGCGCCUGCCCCCGUGUCCUACGCUCACGCUCCCGUGGCCUACUCCGCGCCCGUCGCCAAGCUCGCCUACGCCGCGCCCGUAGCGCACUUCGUGAUCGUAUUGUCCCUGGCCGUAGCGGCUUACGCCGUGCCGCUGGUGGCGGUGGCCCCGGCAGAGUACGCCGCGCCUGCGCACUACGAGUUCUCGUACUCCGUGCACGACGAGCACAGCGGCGACGUGAAGCAGCAGCAGGAGGCUCGUGAGGGCGACGCCGUGCACGGCUCCUACUCGCUCGUGCAGCCCGACGGCGUGCACCGCAUCGUCGAGUACACCGCCGACAAGGAGCACGGAUUCAACGCCAACGUGCGCUACGAGGGCACCCCCGUGCACCCCGCUCCCGUCGCCAAGCUCGCCUACGCCGCCCCCGUAGCCAAGCUCGCCUACGCCGCUCCCGUAGCCAAGCUCGCCUACGCCGCUCCCGUAGCCAAGCUCGCCUACGCCGCUCCCGUAGCCAAGCUCGCCUACGCCGCCCCCGUCGCCAAGCUCGCCUACGCCGCUCCCGUAGCCAAGCUCGCCUACGCCGCUCCCGUCGCCAAGGUAGCCUACGCGCCUGCCCCCGUGUCCUACGCUCACGCUCCCGUGGCCUACUCCGCGCCCGUCGCCAAGCUCGCCUACGCCGCGCCCGUAGCGCACGUCACUUACUCCUCUCCCGCCAUCUCCUACCACCACUAGAUACCCUUGUUAAAUAGUUAGAUUGUUGUAUUUAUUGAAAUGAAAACGAGUUAUUAAAUUAUUUG